AUGUCAACUCUUAAUAAAGACGAGUGCAUUUGUGGCAAAAAAAAAGGAAUGCUGAAUGAUUCAAAUUGGAAACGGCAUACCACAUCAUGUAAAAUGCGAAAAUCUAAAAUUAAUAACUUGGAUAUUUCAUCUUUUUUCAAAAAGCGAUCAGCGAGAGCAAAUAUGAUUGAAACUAGUCAAACAAAAAAACAGCGUUUUGAUAUUGGUGAAAAUGCCAUAGCUGUUGAACAAAUUAGAAAACCGGAUGAAACUGUUCUCAAUGUCUUAGAUAAUGAUUUAACUGUUGAUUUGGAACAAAUUAGAAAACCUGAUGAAACUGUUCUCAAUGUCUUAAAUAUAGAUGAUUUAACUGUUGAUUUGGAACAAAUUGAAAAACAAGAUAAAACUGUGCUAAAUGACUUAGAAAUGGAUGGCGAUCCUGUUGUGUUUACUACAAUAGAAAAACUCACUCCAGAUCUUGUAGAAUUUUUUUUCAAAAAAGGACCUUCACAGCCUAUGCCAAAUGAUCUACCGGACAAACACUUUCCAAAGGAUAAAAUCGGUCGGUCUUUUCACGAAUCUUGGUAUUGGAAAGGUGAUGGAAACGGAACUAAACGAAAAUGGUUGUCUUACUCUAUAAAAAUUGAUAAAGCAUUUUGCCAUUAUUGUGUUUUAUUUAAAACAAAACUAUCUAACUGUCAUUGGACUAGACAUGGAUUCAAUUUAUGGAAAAAUGGGCCUGCCAAAAUAAUCAUGCAUGAAACAUCUGAAGAUCAUAUAAUGUCAUCUAUUAAACACAGUUACAAAGAAGCAUCAUUCCCACUUAUUCCAUCUAUCACAGAAAAAUUGAAUGCUGACAUAUGUCUUAAUAAGGAAAUAAUAAGUCAUCUGAUUGAUUUAACCUUAUUUUUGGGUAGACAUUGUCUAUCUUUCAGAGGUCAUCGAGAAGGUUGGAAUGAAGAAAUACGUGGUAACUUCAAAGAUCUAGUAGUCUUAUUGGCCAAGUACUCUCCUGUAUUAGCAUCUCAUAUUACUGAAAUCCAAAUCCAAGGUAGAAAAGUGAAUAAUUUUCUUUCGUGGCAGCGUCAAAAUCAGUUAAUUAAAGCCAUUUCAACAAAUAUAUUAAAUGUUAUUAAAAAAGAACUAAUUGAAGCUAAAUUUUUAAGUAUUUCUUUAGACACUACUUUUGAUGUUUCUCGAAAAGAACAAGUUUCAUUAAUAUUUCGGUAUAUUAAUAAAAAUACUUGUAUUGUGCAUGAACGUUUAGUAGCUGUCAAAGAAACCAUUUGUACAACAGGUCUACAUUUAUUUGGUAUGUUUGAAACAAUAUGUCAAGAAAUGUCUAUAAAUUGGAAGGAAUUUUUAAUUGGUCAAUCAUUUGAUGGGGCUGCUUCUAUGAGAGGCGAAUAUAAAGGUCUUCAGAGUUGUAUUAAAGAACAAAAUCCAUGUGCAACAUAUAUUUGGUGUUGUGCCCAUCGCUUUAGUUUAGUCAUUGUAGAUGCAGUUUCAAGUUGUACAGAAGCUCGUGAUUUAUUUGGAAACAUGGAAACACUGUAUGAAUUCAUUAGCUGUAGCAAAAAACGAGUUAGUUUGUAUUCUGAUUAUCAAAAAAAAUACUAUCCAAAAAAGCAACUUCGUCGGUUAAAAAGAGUUGAAACAACGCGAUGGUCUUCACAUGCAUCAGCACUUCAAACAGUUUUUGAAACAUUUGAUGCACUGAUUGAUACAUUGUUUGAUCUAAAAGAUGAUAAAUUUACUGAUCGCAUUUGUAGUAUUAAAGCAGAUAGUUUAAUGAACUAUAUGUUAACAGAGCGUUUUAUUUUAACAGGGUAA